AUGGCUUCAGAAGCGUUGGCUGAUUCGGGGGCCAUCAACCUCAACCUCACCCCAGAGGAGAAGCGGGUAUACGGACAGUUAUUCCGACAUGCCGACACCGAUAAUGUGGGCGUCGUGACUGGCGAGGUGGCUGUCAAGUUUUUUGAGAAGACGAGAUUGGACUCGAGGAUUCUGGGCGAGAUAUGGCAGAUCGCGGACAAGGAGAAUCGGGGCUUUCUUACCCCCGCCGGGUUCGGUAUUGUUCUGCGACUUAUUGGACAUGCGCAGGCCGGCCGCGAGCCGACCCCCGAGCUGGCCUUGCAAACCGGGCCCCUUCCCAAGUUCGACGGCUUCACACCUACUCCUGCGCCGCCGCCUCCGCCGCCCGCGCUGCAGGCGCAAGGGACAGGCGCUCCCCCCCCCAUCCGGAUCCCGCCCCUGACACCGGAAAAAGUGGCGCAGUACUCCAGCUUAUUUGAGCGCCAAACCCUCCAAAACGGCAACAUGCUGCCCGGCGAGGAGGCCAAAAAGAUAUUUGAGAAGUCGGGCCUUCCCAACGACGUCCUUGGCCGGAUCUGGAUGCUUGCCGACACUGAGCAGCGCGGUGCGUUGGUGCUGACCGAGUUCGUCAUCGCCAUGCAUCUGCUCACCUCCAUUAAGACCGGCGCACUGCGCGGCCUCCCUACUAUCCUCCCUGCGGCCCUCUACGAGGCUGCCACUCGGCGUGUUCCUACCGGCGUUGGUAUCCCCCGGCAACAAUCUCCGACUACUCCCACCCCAUCCAUCCCGGCCGUCCCGAGGCAGCUCACCGGGCAAGGAGUCUUGCCACAGAUGCGGACAGGCAGUCCUCUCGGACGUCCACCAAUGGUAGCGCAGACAACCGGGGAUUGGCUGGUUACCCCGGCAGACAAGGCGAGGUUCGACCAGCUGUAUGACGAACUAGACAAGGCUAAGAGAGGUUUCAUCUCGGGCGAAGAGGCGGUUCCCUUCUUCAGCCAGUCCAACCUCUCGGAGGAUGUGCUUGCCCAAAUCUGGGACCUGGCAGACAUCAAGUCGGAGGGCCGCUUGACCAGGGACGAGUUCGCGGUUGCCAUGCACCUUAUUCGGCAACAGAGGACCAAAUCAGCUCCGCUACCUGCUACGCUACCUCCCAACCUAGUACCCCCGAGCAUGCGGGCCCAGCUGACGCGUCCGCCAGCCGUCACUUCAGCCUCUGUCGCUUCGGCCUUUGAACCCCCUCCGCGGCCCCAACCGCCGCAGCCGAAGCCUUCUGCGCUGGAUGACUUGUUUGGUUUGGACGACAUCCAACCUUCCGCGCCGGCGCAGGUGCCGGUGGGUACGGGCGGUUCCGCCGGCGGGGAUCCAUUUGCGACUAGUAUCAGCCCGGCGGCUCCGUCCUCGCCGGCUCGCCCCUCUCCUUCAGCUUCGACCUUCAAGCCCUUUGUUCCUUCAUCGUCCUUCGGGCGUGGCCUCACGUCGCAAGUCACUGGGAGCUCAAGUACCUCGGCCACGGCCAAGCCUGUCGCUGUAGAUGACGACCUGUUGGGCGACACGGAGCCGGAAGUGAGCAAGAAUCUAAAUAGUGAAACUACUGAGCUCGCCAAUUUGUCCAACCAAAUCGGCUCCCUCACCAAGCAGGUGCAGGACGUGCAGGCCCAGCGCACGGCAACUCAGAACGAGCUGAGCCAAUCUAAUAUCCAGAAGAAAAACUUUGAGCAGCGCCUUGCCCAGCUCCGCGCCAUGUACGAGAAGGAGGCGCAGGACGUGCGCUCGCUCGAGACACAGCUCACUACAUCCAGGAACGAGACCAAGAAGCUGCAGGCCGAGUACGCCAUGGUCGAUGCCAGUUACCAGGAGCUGCAGAAUCAGCAUCGCCAGAUUGUCGCUGCCCUGCAGGCGGACCAGAAGGAGAAUGUGAAUCUUAAGGAGAAGAUUCGGACGGUAAACGCCGAGAUUGCCCAGCUGAAGCCGCAGAUCGAGAAGUUGAAGUCUGAGGCGCGCCAGCAGAAGGGACUUGUUGCGAUCAAUAAGAAACAGCUGGCCACCAACGAAAGUGAGCGUGACAAACUGAAGGCCGAGGCCGAGGAUCUCACCAGAAGCAACGAAGAACUGGCCCGCCAGAUCAGCGCCAGCAGCUCACCGGCACCCGCUCAGGUCGCCAGUCCCGCGCUGUCGGCAGCCAGCGCUAAUAACCCCUUCUUUAGGCGGACUGGCAGCACGGACAUCACUUCGACCUUUUCGCCUCCCAUGAGGGCGUUCACUGAUAAGGCGUUUGACGAAGUGUUUGGGCCUGGACCGGCGGGUAGCCAGGCCGGCACGCCGCCGCCUCCCGCUGCUGCGGCCGUGUUCAGGCAGAACACGGGCACUUCGACCGGUAGCGUUGGUUCGUUUGCCACGCCGGUCUCAACGAGCCCCAACGUGAGCCGGGACGUUACGGCGCCUGCCGAUGCUGGGCGGAGUACGCCUGCUUUCCCGCAGUUUGUGGACGCGCCCGAGUCGUUGAGCAUGUCUCGUCAGGUCUCGCCGCCGCUGAGCAGGACCGAGACGAACCAGGACGGUGUUGCAACACCCCUGGAGCCGGCUCAGACCGGGCAGAGUCUGGCGUCUGGGUCCGGUUCGGAGGCUAGGGCUGCCUCGCCUGCGUCGGUGGCCGAGACAAGGCCUGCGUUUGGCUCCAUUUCGGAGGAGGCGAAGAAGGGGCCUGAGGCAGAUCCGUUUGCUGCUGCUGACCAGGACAAGGCCAAGGAGGACUUCGAGUCGGCGUUUGCGAGCUUCAAGCAGGCGAGGGCCGCGACGAGCUCAAGCGCUGAUACCGCCAAGGCUUUUACCAACUUUAAUACCCAAUUCCCCCCUAUUUCGGAGCUGGAGAGGGACGAGGAAUCUGACACGGAGAGCGAGCGGGGCGGGUUUGAUGAUGACUUUGCCCCUGCUUCGCCUCCGCCGAAGAUGGGUGAGAAGGGCGCCGAGUCGAGGUCAGCGUCGCCUGUGGUUUCCAAGGCCGCGCCUGAUGUUGGUGGUAUUGCCGCUCUGGCGGCGUCCUCUGAACCUGCUGCCAGCGACAAACCGGCCACCGUCACCAACAGCUUCAACAGUCUCAGCUCCUCCAACGUCGACGACAUUUUUGGCUCCCCCGGCGCCGCAGCCACCACAACUUCCUCCCGCCCCACAACCGCCGCCACCACCUCCAAGGGCGCCUUCGACGACCUCGACGACGACUUCGAAGGCCUAGAGGACGCCAAAGAGGGCUCUGCCGACGACGACUUCGCCACCAUAUCCCGCUCCGGGCUCGAUGACUUCAACCCUGUGUUUGACAGCAGUCCGCCACCGAGCCAGCCCAAGAGCGAUUCUGCGCAAACGGCUGCCGCCUUUGGUACGGAGAGCAGCUUCGACUUUGCUUCGCUGUCGGGCGCUUCGGUCGCGGGUAGUAGUAACGGUGGUCCUGCCGCGGGCGCGACUAGUUCCGCUUCUGCUGCUGCCGGCGGUGCUCAGACACAAGCGGGAGGGAGUGCCAAGUCGCCUGCUGCCUCGCAAUCGCCAACGGCGGCUGAAUCACAGCAGCAACACGACUGGGACGCUCUGUUUGCUGGGCUGGAUGACGCGGCUGCCACGCCGACGGCGUCAUCGCAAACCCUCGUCACGAGCAGCGCUGGUAACAACAAUGAGACUACUGCUGCUUCGGGGAGUUGGACUGCGGAAGCAAGUGGCAGCAGCAGGCCGGCUGCGCCGGGAAGGGCAUUGACCGAGGAGGGCGAUCACGAUGACCCGAUACUGAAGAACCUCACGGGAAUGGGGUACUCGAGGCCUGAUGCGCUUGCGGCGCUCGAGAAGUAUGAUUAUAACCUUGAGAGGCACCAUGACCGGGAAUGA